AUGCCUAAGUCCAUAGCUUUCUUCUUCACGGGAUCGGUAAGUGCGUACUGCAUCGCUUUGCAGAGCUUUUCGCCUGUUAACGAUGACCACGGACAUGCAGUGGGACCUACUCCCAUCUCUGCCACAACCAAUCCCCAGAAGAACUGGUCCAAAAUGAACGGCACAAUCACUGUCGGCU